AUGGGAGCUGUCAGCGAAUCUCAGCAGUUCAAGCCAAAGAACAUCUACAUCAUCGGCGCGCAAUGUACGGGCAAAACUUCACUUGUCAACGCGUUAGAAACCUCCUUUGCCGAUUUAUUCAGCACCACGCCUCCCAUUAUUGUCAGAGAGGUUGCUCGCUCGGUGCUAAAGAUUCAUGGAUUUACAGCCAGCGAUAUCACCUCAGAUCCUGGCCGUUGCCUGCAGCUACAGGAGCUCAUAUUGGAAGCUCAAUUCAACAGUGAGCGCGACGCCUUGACAAGGAAUCCCUGGAUUAUAUCCGAUCGCUCGGGAAUAGAUCCCAUCAUAUACGCAUUGCGCCAUAUUGGAAGUGAGGCCGUGAACCUCAUGACUUCGUCUAGUUAUUGGCAAGAGUUGAGAGAUCGCAUGUCACAAUCAUUGGUGUUUGUCUGCGAAACGGUGGAGGAUUGGCUUGUAAGCGAUGGAGUUAGACUUAUGCCACGAGAUGUAGAGGACUGGACGGAGUAUGACAAUGAGUUCUGUCGUAUGCUAGAGAGUACAGGAAUACCGUACCAGAUGAUCCCGCGUUCGGUCAAAAGUCUCGAAGAUAGGGCUUCGUUUGUGUGGUCGAGGUGGAAGGAGGCCACAUCGCCUUGA